AUUUUAUUUGUAGAUAACUUUUGCAUUUGGUAUCACUGUUCCCAGAAGGCCAAGCUAAAUAAACUCGUUUAGCCGUGAGGCUGGAUUUGCAUGUAUUGAAAUUCAACAUGUGUAUGAGUUUUUGGAAAAUAUUACUUUUAUGUCAAGUUUCAAGAAUACGUAGGCUAAAUACUAUAUUUAAUUGUUUACCUUCUUGAUUAAGCGUAAUUUUUAGGCCAAAUCGAAAGUAACUGGAGACGCUAUGCCUAAAGGAAAACGAAAAGGGAAAACAGGAGCUGCUUUGAAGCCUAGGAUGGAAGUGAUUGGGGCAACAUCUGAUGAAGAUUCACUCAAUGACAAUGUCAGUGUUAUUAGUGGUUUUUCAGAAUCAAAAAGUGUGAUGGAGGAAGGAAGUGACGAAGUGGACGAACAGACCCAGGAGGAGGUUUUCGAAGAGAAGCUGCGUGAGGCCAUUGACUCCCUGUCCCAGAAGUCCGCUCAGGGCCGCACAUCUGCCUUUGACUUGGUGGCCAAGGCGUUCGUCAAGAAGUGCAUUCCGGAUUUUGUCACAGACAGACGCCUGACGCUGACAGACUGCAUUGAGCGCAGCCUAAAGAAGGGCCGUGGCCUGGAGCAGGCGGUGGCCGCGCAGUUGGCGCCUUUGUUGUGCGUACAGCUGGGCGCAGGCGAGCAUGCUGAGGAGGCGUGCCGCGAACUGGGCCCAGCGAUGCUUCUCGUCGCCCACGAUGCCUCUGCCUCCCUGCAGGCCCGGGCCAAGUGCUGCUGGGCGGUAGGGCUGUGCAGCUUCCUGAGCGGUGGCGAGGUGGCAGACACUGUUGGCGUGAUGCGCAGCCUGGAGACUGUGUUCCGUGGCUCCUACCUCAAGGGCGACGGAACAGCGCCACUGGUGUCGCCUGAAGUGGCAGCCCUGCAUGCAUCUGCCCUCUCUGCCUGGUCCUUGCUGUUGACGCUGGUUGCACCCGGUGACAUCUAUGUGCUCAUGUCGGGCCAUGCCAACACCGUCUUCUCUCCGCAGCUGUCGCAGCUGUCAGAGCUGCUGGACUCUGCUCACCUGGAGGUACGGCUGGCGGCAGGCGAGACCCUUGCGCUGGUCUACGAGCUGGGGCGGGCCCAUCACCAGGACUUUAGUCAGGACUCGACCCCACUGCUUGCUGAGAAGCUGCGUCAGCUCGCCACUGACUCACAUAAGUACCGCGCCAAGAAGGACCGCAAGCAGCAGCGUUCCUCGUUCCGAGACAUCCUGCACUACGUGGAGGAUGGCGACCCGCCGGACAUCCAGGUCAGGUUUGGCCAGGAGAUGUUGGCGCUGGACUCGUGGUGCCGCAAGAAGCAGUAUGACGCUUUUUGCCAGGUGCUGGGGUCCGGCAUGAACCUCCAUCUGACGGAGAACGACUUGGUGCGCGAAGUGUUUGAGCUCGGCGACCGGCUGACGCCCCUCAACUUGGCAGCUCACAAGCAGUCGAAGCUCGAGCGGCACCUGAUGAACGCAGCAGCCUUCAAGGCUCGCACCAUCUCGAGGAGCAAGAACCGCGACAAGCGCUCGGCUGUUAUGUCAGUAUAACAAAGUGGACUUCAAAGCUUCCCCAAGGUUUUCCCAAAAAAAAUUUGGAUGUUACAAGACAUGAUUCAUGGAUGGCGACAAGUUUGUCGACAUUUUGAAUUCUCCUGUAAAUAGAAGCCGUUGUAUUAUAUGUAAGGUAUUUUCCGCGGAAGUUGAAAUUGAUUCUUCAAGCGCUGUCUUAUUAAUAUGAAAUGUUUUGAUAGCGGGCAUUAUUUUCUAAAACAUACAUAAUUUUAAAAAAAUUAGGGUGGUAUAUUUUAUACAUGUUAUAAAUAGUAAAUAAUUUUACAGUGUAAUUUGAGAUUGGAUUAGUGCUUUUUUUGAAUUAAUUUUUUAGUACAUUCUGUGGUUAGAUAAGUGCUAUUAGAUCGUUUCAUAUUUUUUUUUUUUUUUUUAGUCUAAACAUAUUAAAUUGUUUAGUUGGUUGUGAUCAUUAAAAAUAAUAAACUUAUGACUUAAGAUCAUAAUUAAGAUUGAAAAAAUUAAUAAACAAAAUAUUACCUAGCAUUUGUCUCAUCUGAAUCUAGUCUGUAAGAGUCUGAAUACAUGUUUGUACUAAAAGUGAGCAAAAAUAAUGGGAUUUAGUAGCUUUUGUCUUCUGUAUUUUGUAUUGUCAUGCUGUAUUUUUAUCUAGGUAUCCAUGACAGUAAUGUAGACAAGUAGGGAACUGCUAACUACUAAGGUCUUACACUUUACUGGUUACUAAUCGCAGUUGUCUUCGUGCCUGUUUUUCUUAAUGUGUAGUUUUACCGUAUGCUGAUCAGAGCCUAUAGUCUCUUGGUACUUAACGUCUACCAAGCUGUUUUAAUUUUUGUAAAUGAUAAAUAAAGAAUGUAAUAAUGUAUUUUAAUGUAUAAAUUUCUUAACUAAAUAUUUGUUGUGGAAUGAUUCUGAUCUUGUUAAUAACGUGUGGGGAAAAUGGCGGAUUGUUAAAACUUUUUCAUGCAUACAAUUUUGUUAUUGAAUUAUUCGAGCAUGCCAUUAUAUCGUCAUACUUCAUUUAGUUAGGUUUUAGAUUUGAGUGAUGUUUUCACAUCUCAUUGUCUGGUAAAACUAAGGGAAAAAAAAGAAUUUUAAUAAAUAUUGACUGUAUUUAUUUUUGUAGGUAUUUGGUAAUAGGUCUACGUAUUAAAUAUCAUUGUUUAAAAAUUUUAAUGGAACAUGCCCCGUCUUGGAUUUUGAAUAUUAACUACAGUUAAUUUGUUUUUUUAUAUAUAUGUAUCUACCGUAUUUAUUGCCCUGACAAGGCAUUAUUAUAAAUAUACCCUUUCAAUUUUGUAAUCAUCUUGUAUAAACUGACCACGUCGGGUGAACAGCUGCAGGUGAUGUAAAAGUUGCAUAAGGCCUAGGAUAUGAAUGUACCUAAACGGUUGUACCACUGCGGUUUGUCUCAAGCCAUAAAUAAAAAAAGUACAUUUUUACAGUUAUUAAAAAAUCCAAGAUGGCAUAAUAUAUAAUACCCUUAAAAAUGAACCCUGUGUAAUGAUGAUGUAUAUUGGUUGCUGAGAAAACGUGCAACAAAACAUGUUUUGGUGUUAGUUAUCGUGUGUUGUGUGUCAUUUUUCUGCUGGCAGAAGCGACAGUACAUCACACAUGUUAAGCACGUCUGUGCAGAAGAUGGUUUGUGUAUUUAUUUAUUUAUCCGUGUAACCUAAGCUGUGUGCCACUGUAUCUCGACAGCUAAACUGCUGAUUUGUUUCGUGAGUUCCCCAAUUUUUCAUGCUAAGUACUAAUUGCAGUCAUGGGUUCAGAAACAGGUUUGUUCAUAAGGAAAAUAUGUCUUCACUCAAAAAUAGUUUGAUUAUUUUUAUACAAGAAGUAUUUUAAACACACUUAAAAAUUGUACGUACAUAUGCAGCUCACGUGGAGGAGGCAGAAGUUGUUAAAUGUAGGUCACUAAUACACCUGAUCCCUGUUGUGUGGAAUGGCAUUCCAGCAAUUGUGUGUAUUGUAUAAAAACACCGUACAUUUGGUUAGUUGUGUAUCUUGUUAAUAUGAAAUUCCAUAUAACAAAGAUUCUGUGUAUCUCAUUUUUCACGGUAACAGCUCUAGAAGCUUUUUUGGAUUGAGUUUAUUAACAUGUGUACACACAGUUUUGAUGUGUGUGUGUUUUUAUUUUUUUACGUGUGCUGUAUAAUCAGGAUCAUUUUGAGCGUUCAUUUUAAAAUGUUAAGUAUGUCAAGGGUCUCUAAUUUUAAUUUUUGUGACUACGUAUUUUAUUUUUUAGCUGCAUGAUCUGGCAUGUUAAAUUCAGAUGACUACAUAGCGGCCAUGUUGUGCAGUUUCUUCUAAUAUAUCUGGAACAGUUGAGGCUUGUUCUUUGUGAACACAGCAAGUCUGACAUGAAUGCAUCUGCAUUUUAUUGAUGGGUGGAUAAAGUAUUGUCACAUUGUAGAGCAGUGGACCACUCUCGUACCAUCAAAGCUAUUUAUGUUUGAUUAGUGGCGGGGCCAAACCUGAGUGUUUUCAAAAGUAGUGAACAUGGACUUUGCAGUACAUCUUUUUUUUCUCUGGGUACACCUGUUUCCACCACCAUUUCACUUAGUCAGUGCUCUGUUAUCAUAAUCUCUAAUGACCUCAAUGUCAAUGAGACAUGUCCAGUCAUUAAUUUACUGUAUUCAUUUCCACCUUGUUUUUCUGGUUCUGUUCAUGGCAGACCACUGCCUACCAAUAUAAUCUGGUGUUAACAUGUGCCACAUUUGCAAAAAUGUGGUAUCAGGCAAAGGCCCAAAAAAUAAUUAAUGUUCUGCACAAAUAAAAAGUAUUUAUGGAGUUUUAGAAAAGUGGUGUUGGGUUUUGAGUAUCGAGUGUUAAACUGUCCUACAUCUAGAACGUUAAUUGCAGUGAAGCUUAGAAAACAUUUCCUCGUGAAAAUGGUUGUAAACAGAUUCUUCUUUGGCUUAUUCUGUUACGGAUACUUGAACCAGCUAAGAAGUCAAUUCCACUAAAUUUAAAUGUGAAGUACGUGAUGUUUUAAGAAUAUCAUGGAAUACAGGAUUAAAUUAAGUUGGUUCAGUGCAUGAAGCAUCUGAAGAGCACUGUAAUAUGCCUUUACCUUAAUUCAUGCAUUAUACCAACAGCUUGGCUAGUAAUUCAAAGUUAAAUUAUUUUUAUUUGUUGGUGCUUGGUUACCAAUGAAGUUGAAUAAUGGAUUGUGGAUCUGUUCCACACUAAUAUAUUUUAAGCUGAAUAUGACUGCAGAAUUUUAAUUUGAGUGUACCAUUGAGUGCUAUACCUGUUCAAAAUAUGUUGAGCAUGUAGUGCUUUACAAAUGAUAAAUACUAGCACCAGCAUCGUUCCAGUGAUUAAUUUUUUUAGAACAGUUGAUUACCAAACUGUGUUGUUUACAUUAUGCUAUUUGUCUUUGCUGGUUCGUUUUGAGCAAUGUGUUUCUAUCAAACUAUAGAACCCAGCUCAAAAGAAGUCGGCCCACACUAUACUAUGCAUGAUUUUUGGCAAGGAUUAUAUUCAAGACUAUUUAAGAUGUUCAGAAUUUAAGUAAUAAAUUCUCUUUCAAAAACUGCUGAUGAUAAUCCUGUUAUCUUGUUGAUGACUUUUAAGAAACAUUCCGCUCUGUUCGGUUAAUUUAUUUUCAGUUUGUUUUAGGCCAUGGUUUCACUGAUUUUUAAACAACUUCAUUUGAAUAUGCUUAAUAAAGCAACUGUUUGCAUUUUUUCUGACAAUUUGAGCGAGUUAUUCAAUUUGACCAGGUUUUGCAUAUUCUGAACAAUUCCACUUCUAUGUUAGCUUGUGUAAGUUCAUUUAAAUACAGGAUAAUAUUGUGUGGUAUGAUAACAUUGGGCAUGCAAUUAAAUAUUAAUUAUUCCCAAUUAUGAUUUUUUUCAUUUAAUAACAAUAUAUAUGUAGUAUUUAUAUAGAAGCAAGCUGAAAUAUAUAUUUUUAAAUCAUGUUUCAAAAACUAUAUGAUAUGAAUAGCUAUUCAUCUUCAUUCUGAAUUUAUAGGUACAUUAGAAAUGCCCAAAAAACAUUUCUGGAAAAUUGUGGGUGGGUGUAGAAGUGCUGUAGGUAUGUCGGAAACUUAUUAAUGACCCAAGUAUUGAUAAACGUGCAGUAUAGAAUGUUAAGAUGUUAUUUGGUUGGGUGUGUGCUACGACGUGCUCUCUUGCACGUGUAUGUCGAUACGUCAGACAUUGUUUGCAACAUGAUGGGACCCUUUAAAAUUGGUAAAUUAUUGUGUGUAGAUGGAUUCACAACUUCUACUUAGACCAACACUAAAAUAUGACAAAAAUUUAACACUGGUCAUUGUCAGAUGUAUAAAAAAAAUUCACUAACUCAAAUUAUAUUUUUGAGUAGAAAGUUGAAAACUAUUUCAGUCCACCCUCCCCUUCCCAAACAUAUUCCUGACUUAGUGGAAAAGAGGAUGUGCAAGCUAAAUGUUCGAAUGUACUGUAUGGUUUUGUGUGUGUGUGUGUGUGUGUGUGUGUACGUACGUACGUUUGUGAAGAUUUGAAUGCCAACAUGGAUUCCCAUUGUUUACUUUAAUAUGUACGUACAUAUACAGAGGUUCUGAAACUGAUCUACUUUAUAAUGUAUUGAUAGUGUUAAUGGUUUAUUAACCGAUCACACUCAUUUCUGUGUGGGUAGAUAAGGAUGGUAUGUUGCAUGCUUAGGUUUUUUCUAGCCUUCCUUCCUCACCAAAAUAACGCUUGUGCAUGUAUCUGCGAUCACUGGCUAAACCUUGCUGAAUCAACUUAUUUUGAACAGGUAUAAGUACGAAUAAAUCCCACACUGAGGGUGAUGUUUUCAACCUCCUUGGUCACACCACACCAAUAUGUGUUCCCUUCUGCUUUAUUCCUGCUCACUUCACAUGUCCUCAUCCCUGUUAACAGUGCAUAACACUGUACACUGGGUACAGUAUUUAGGUGGCAUAGUUUCUUUGCACAGUUUUAUCACGUUAUGUUGAAUUGUUUUAUCGCAAUUUCAUGAAUAUUUUUUAUGACCUGCAAUACACCUUAAGCACUGAAAUUAUAACUGUUUAAAUCAAUACUAGAUAGAGACGAUACUACACAGUUUUGUCUGCCAUGAUUAUUUUGGAUGUGGGUGUAUGGUGUUCUUUUGAAUUUCUGAUUGCUCUUUGUAUGCUGUACAGUAAACAAAUAAACUUCUAUGUUUGAAUGUCCCCAAAUGAAAUCUUGUAACUUGUGGAAACCUUCCUUCCCCACCCUUCAUCCGUCUGAAAAGCUCAGUGGCAAUGAAACUAAAAUUAUGUUGUCAGUUCAGCUAUUCGACGUGCAGAACUUGAUGUCGAUUUCAGUCAUCUGUCUUGUGUUGAUAGAAGUUCAAAAUGUGUUAAUGCUGAAGCUGUAAAUUUUUCAAGCUAUCAAGGAUUUGCAUAGCUGCAUCAAGUUGGAAGAAACAGAAAUGUUUCCUUCAAAAUUGCAAUUGCCAUCAUCAGUGUCAGAAACAAUUUCUUCCUACUAGACGCUGAGAUUGAAAUUUUUUAAGUGCAUUUAGGUAUUAAGUAUUAACUCGGCAGGUCAACCUCGAGUUAAAACACAUUUUUUACUACUGUAUGCUGUGUAAACCUCCACAUGGAAUUGAGCUACAUCUCUCGACUUGUAUGUCAGUGCUUACAUAGUGCAUAGCCGUUAUUGUCGGCACCUUGAGACAUAUUUCCCAUUGUGAACCCAGGUUUAUAUUAAGCCGUGCAACAUGUAUUCAAGUUUUUAUUUGUAUUAUUUGCAAUAAAAAAUGGUUUUGGGAUAA